ACCGAGCUGGCGACGCUCAUCAGGGAGAGCAGCGCCUAUCACGAGGGAUUUAAACCGCAGGUGUCGAAGACGAAGAAGUACAUCGGUGUGUUCUACGACCAGAAGGUCGCCGGCCAAGGCGACGCGCGGCCGAACGUGAGGCCGCCCUACUUGAGGAACGCGCACAUGGAGAAGCACAUCUGCGCGGCCAUCAAGGCGGCCCCGGAUGCUGCGGAUCCUGAGGAGCAGGAGUGCUAUCGUCAGCGCGUUGCCCUGGGCCCUGGCCGGGCGCUCGCCCUGCCCGCCUUGGGGCAAGGCGUUCGCCUGGGGGGCCAAGGGCAGGAGACGACGCUCAUGAACAAGUUCGUCGACGAGAGCAACAAGCCCUACCACAAGUCCAAGCACACAGUGACGGUCAUCUACUCGGAGGAAAGCGUGGUGAACCGCCUCAAGAUCAAGCGCAGAACCACGGCUGGCGCGCUCCAGGUCGAGAAGAUGUACAUCGUCACCGGCAAGGCGAUCGAGAUCGAGGACAGGGCCAGGCUCGCGUUGAGCGGCACCACUGUCGGGGAGCACAUCAGUUGCGCCUGGAGGUCCUGGAGCGACCCGAGCCAUUGGACGAUGAAGCGCAAGCACAAGGCGACCAUCAUCACGAAGAAGGACACCAUUGCGAACGGUGGCCGCGGACCCGGUCACGACGAGGAGGAGGAGCGCAAGGCGGAGAAGGAGGAGGCCAAGGCCAUCACGCCGGAGAGCGAAGAGCAGGUGUUCUGGUGGGCACCGCCGCCCACCCUGCAGGAUGAAUGGACCCACAACUUCAACCUUCGCGCGGUGGUCGACCUCACUCCCGGGGAUGGCGCCAGGGCGAUGUGCUGCAUAAAAAAUAAGAUCCCAUACGUGGCCAUCUGCUUCAACCAGGAGAACGUCGAAGCCUUGUACGACCAUCUCUUCAAGGAGACCAUGAAGGAAUCGUUGAACGAGGGCUGCAAGCAGCUCUACUCCUCGGAGCUGGCGGCCGUCGUCGUCGACAGCCAGAAGGCUAAGACCGAGGAGAGCGGCACGGACACGGCCGACAAGAAGAAGGGCGCGAAGAACAAGACCGGCAGCAGCGGCGGUAGCAAGGACGGCGGCAAGGGCGGCGGUGGCAGCGGCGCCAGCGGCGGUGGCAGCAAGGACCCUAUGGACCGCUCGGCACUGGUGGACCGCAUCCGCGCGCUGGCUGGCGGCCCCGCUGCCAAAAG